UGUGAAGAAAAGUGAAGUGAAAAGCCCCUAGUGAAAAAUAAAAUAGAUAAACCUUUUAGAACAGAACAUUAAAUGUGGAUUGGAGUCAACACUUGAAGAUCUUAACGAAAUGAUUUCUAAGCAGACGAAUACUUAAGACUCUCGCAAGCCCAAAAUAGACAAGAGAUAAGAAACUGAAUAAGAAAAAACAAAAAAUUGAAAGCCAUGCAAGAGGUCUGCAGCACCCUGGACACAACCCCAAUGGGGACGCAGAUCAAAUCGGAGUCGCCUCUUAAUCCGCUGCAGGUGCAGACGGGUGGACAAACCGCACUCCCUGUGGGUGGUGUUGGCUGUGGUGUUGGUGGCGCAGCUUCUGUUGGUGGUUUGGUGGGUCAGGGCCCGCAGCAGGGUGCUCCCGCCGUGCCGGCGGUGAUGCUGGUCAAUAAGAUGGCCUCGAACUGUGAUAAACGGGCCGCGGACACGGCCUACUGGAUGGCCGCCUCCGAAGGUGGCUUCAUCAAUUCGCAGCCUUCGAUGGCAGAGUUUCUCAAUCACCUGAGCCCGGAGAGUCCCAAGAUGGGAACACCUGUUGGCGUUGGAGGUGGCGUCGGCGGCGGUGGUGUCAAUGUGAAUGUGAAUGUCGGCGUCGGAUAUCCGGUGGGUGUGGGACCAAUGCCACAGACACCGGAUGGCAUGGACUCGGUGCCGGAGUAUCCCUGGAUGAAGGAGAAGAAGACGUCGCGGAAGAGCAGCAACAAUAAUAAUCAGGGUGAUAACUCCAUAACUGAAUUCGUUCCAGAAAAUGGCCUGCCCAGACGCCUCCGCACCGCGUACACGAACACCCAGCUGCUGGAGCUGGAGAAGGAAUUCCACUUCAAUAAAUAUUUAUGCCGCCCAAGGAGAAUCGAGAUAGCAGCCAGCCUGGACCUAACCGAGCGACAGGUAAAAGUUUGGUUUCAAAACCGCCGCAUGAAACACAAGCGGCAAACGCUCUCGAAAACGGACGAUGAGGACAAUAAAGACAGCCUCAAAGGUGACGAUGAUCAGUCCGACAGCAACUCCAAUUCGAAGAAAUCGUGUCAAGGCUGCGAACUGCCCUCCGAUGAUAUACCCGAUUCCACGUCCAAUUCCCGGGGACACAACAACAACACGCCGAGUGCCACCAACAACAAUCCCAGUGCGGGGAGUCUGACACCCAACUCCUCUUUGGAAACGGGCAUCUCAUCGAAUCUGCUUGGCAGCACCACCGUAUCCGCCUCGAAUGUGAUCAGUGCCGACUCCAGUGUCGCCUCCAGUGUCAGCCUGGACGAGGACAUCGAGGAGAGCAGCCCCAUUAAAGUCAAGAAGAAAGAUGAGAAUCAGGUCAUCAAAAAGGAGGCCGUGUCCACCUCAUCGAAGGCAUCGCCCUUUGGCUAUGAGAGUUCAACGCCGAGUUUGGUCAGCUUUCGGCGGGACUCGGAUGCCGUCAUCGCUUCCGCCAAUCCUCCCCCAACAAAGGGCAAGAAACGUUACCAGAAUAAUGCCAAUGCGAUUGCCACGCCCACACCCCUCAGCGAUAGUAAUAGUGGUGGAAAUGUUGGUGCCGGUGUUGGUGGUGCCUCAGCUGGUGGCUAUUUCCCAGGCUACUAUCCUAGUCCCAAGCAGCAAAUGCAACAGCAGCAGCAGCAACAGCAGCUGCACCCGCAACAGCAGCAGCCACAGCCCCAGGACUAUUAUGGCAAAUACGAUAUUGAAUUCGCCGCCUCGCCGCACCACAAUCCGCACAAGCAGCAGUCGACGCUGCAUGCGGGCGAGUAUCUGAGUCCCAAACCCAAUGCUGCCACAUUCCACCAAAACAACCAGCAGCAGCAGCACGAGCAUCAAUUCUAUUACAACUACAACGAAACCAACGGUAGUGCGUACAUGAACCACCAGCAGCAGCAGCAGCAGCAACAACACCACCACGUUGGUGACUUUGAGGCGCCACCUAUCAACGGACCGAGUAAUUUCAACAGUGGUUACUACGACAACAUGAGUUUUCAACAUCAAGCGCAGGCGCAGGCUCACCAACAACACCAAUCUGUGGUUUUCCAGCAGCAACACCAACAGGCACCCAUUAAUCAUCAGCAACAUAUGCAUCACCUGGGAACUGGCGAGGCAUACAGCGCUCUUGGGUUGCAGAUGGAGAACUGCGAUGGCUACAAUAAUUUUGGCGGUCCAGGCUCCGCUGGAGCUGGUUCUGCGGGUGCUGGUGUUGCCGGCUACUACGAGGCGGGUCAACAACCCCCGGUACCGCCCACCCACACGCACACCCAUCACCCACACCACCAUGUUCAGGCGCAGGCGCAUGCGCAUCUUCAUGCCCACCACAAUCCCGCAGCAGCAGCCCAAGUGGGCGUUGGAGUGGGCGUAGGAGUGGGUGUGGGAGUUGGAGUCGGAGUGGGUGUUGUUCCUCCCCCACCACCGCCAUCGCAUAUCCAUGGCUUUGCACUGAAUGGAGGAGGACCGUCCGUACAGAGUCAGGCUUUUGUCACUGGUGGAGGCAAUGCAGGUGCAGGAGCCGCUGCGAUCAGUGGCCUGGAGAACUCGAACAGCUCCUCGGAUUUCAAUUUCCUGAGCAAUCUGGCCAAUGACUUUGCACCCGAGUACUACCAACUCAGUUAGUUUGUGUAGGGAGAGGCGCCUGUACAGUUCUAGCCUAAUUCUCCCCCUCUUUUGUGUGCAUGUGUGUGUGUGAGUAUCUGUGUUUAUCUUCGAUGUUGUAACCACAUAGCACAUAUCUGUAAAUACUAUCCUCUAAGAAUUAACCAUAAAGAGUUCUAUUCCAUCUGUAUUUAUAAUUAAAUAAAACGAAAUUUGAUACACUUUUCUUUUGACUAAAAGUCAAACAGAAUUUCGAUUCUCUCUUGGAAAACUCCAUUCAGAACUAAAAGAAAGUCCGGAAAACUGUAAAUAGCUAGACAAAUUCCACAACUAAUCAAACAAGUAAUUAAAUACCAGAAAAAUCUCUCUUAAAACUAAGCAAUCAAAUUAAUUUCUUAUUCUUUUGUUGAUUUUGUGUGUAUAUAUAUUGAAAAGUAGCUGAAAUCAAAAGUUUGACAGGAAUACAAAUUUGAAUCCCUCCUACGAUUCAAGUGCAAUUUCCCUUUCAAGAAAUAUGAUUUAGAAUCUUAAGGAACACACUCAAUUAUUUCAAUGUUUGUAAUGUUUGUAUGUUGCCUUUACAAUUUCUCCCUCUAAAAAAUACACCAUAACUAUUAAAUAAUUAAAUAAAUAUGGCU